CGAAUUUGUGUCAGUCAUACUCCGGUGCUGCAUCUGUUAAACUCAAGUCUACAUCAAAUAUUUCAUAAUCGUGCUAUAAUUAUCUCAUUUGACAUUAAUAAUAUAAUUAUUGUUGCGAUAGUGCGGUAUCUAGGUCAUAAACUUUCUGUGUUAAUUCUCUAUUACAAUUUCAUUAUUUGCGAAUCUGAAUCGCGAUGUUUUUUGAACUUUAUUGGCAAUAUUUUGUAAUUGGACUAAUUCUAUACGGUGUAGUGCGAUUAUUUUACAUUUAUUUCAAUAAAGAAAAAAGUGCACAGAGCCAACACAAGAAAGAUGACGAUUUUAAGACACCAGAUCAAAUUGCCGAAGUGAAGAACGAAAUUUCUGAUUCUGACCCCGAAGAUGACCUAACUCCCGCUCUUCCCAGUGAUUUGAAACAUGUGCCACUCAAAUUUACCAAACUACCCRUUGAAGAAACCCUGAAAAGAUCUGAAGAAUUUUACAAUUUAAUGAAUAAACGUCGCAGCGUCCGUACUUUCAGUUCCGAACCUGUCCCAAUGGACGUAAUCAAAAAUAUCAUUCGGACUGCAGGAACAGCCCCAAGUGGCGCCCACACCGAACCAUGGACAUUCGUCGUGGUAACAUCAAUGGAUGUCAAACAAAAAAUCAGAACAAUCAUCGAAGAAGAAGAAGAAAUUAACUACAAAAAAAGAAUGGGAAAAGUGUGGACAACUGAUUUGAAGCCGCUCAGAACAACGUGGAUCAAAGAAUAUUUAACCGAAGCUCCUUGUUUGAUUUUACUCUUCAAACAAAUGUAUAGUUUCAGGGGGGAUAAUAGAAAAAAGUUGCACUAUUACAACGAACAAAGUACUUCGAUUGCUGGUGGGUUUUUACUAACAGCAAUACAUUUCGCAGGUUUGGUUUCAUUAACUUCAACACCGUUGAACAGUGGUCCUGCUCUUAGAACGUUGCUGGGGAGACCCUCUUCGGAAAAACUUACUUUGCUAUUUCCGGUGGGAUAUCCGUCCAAAGAUUGUCUGGUUCCGGACCUGGAACGAAAACCUGUUGACCAAAUAAUGGUAGAAGUUUGAAAGAAUAAUUCACAUUUUGUCCACUGUAAUAAAAAAAAAUUUCUGGUUUUUUGUUUAUAACCAAAUACAUAAAAAAUUGAAAAACAUUUCUUGUGGUCUAUCGUUUUAAUAAAAUAUUGAUCUAUUGUAAA